AUGGAACGCGAAUUGAAAAAUAAAAUUGUAGCCAUAACGGGAGGAGCUGAAGGCAUAGGCCUCAGUAUCGCCGAUCAAUUCCUCAGCGAAGGAGCAGUCGUCGUGAUACUCGAUAUAAACUUGGAGAAAGGACAAAAUGCAGCCAAAGAAUUGCAAAGCAAGCACGGCGCUACGAAGGUCAGUUUCUUAAGAUGCGACGUUACGACCGAUCUGGAAUCGGUAUUCAAUCAGCUCAUAGAUGCUCACAAACGUGUUGACGUCUUGGUGAACAACGCCGGGAUCAUAUGCGAGAGUUCAUUGAGGAAGACUCUUGAAAUAAACACUGUGGCUCCCAUCGAGUGGACGGUGAAGUUUAGAGAGUACAUGAGGACAGAUAAGGGUGGGAGUGGUGGCACAAUUUGCAAUGUAUCAUCGAUAUACGGCUAUUGCCUAGACCCGUAUUUGCCGUAUUACAAAGCUUCGAAGUUUGCUCUAUUCGGCUUCAGCACUACGUUAGGACAUAAGCAGAAUUACGACAGAACUGGGGUAAGAAUCGUGACUGUAUGCCCCGGGUUUACAAGCUCAGCCAUGACAGCACAACUGACGGUGUGGGAUGAGCACGUUGAAGAGUUUGCGGCUCAGAGAAGCCAGCUGAAGUGGCAAACUCCUGCGCAGGUCGGUGCUGGUGUCGCUGAGCUGUUCAGGGUCGCCGAUAGUGGAACAGCCUGGGCUAUUAUAGGGGGAGAACCAAUUAAGCAAGUAGAGCAAAGAUGUCUCAAAUAA